AUGCAAUUCGUGAACAUCAUUUUCAGCAUCAGUUUCAGUGCCAUCAAAGCUAAAGUACAGUUUAGCCUUGGAGGAGCAGUUUUCAGCAGGCGUGCCGUAUCUUACACGUAUAUGCCAGACACAGUCCUGGAAAAUGCCAGAAAUGUCACGAUCCACCUCCAUCAUCAUAUAGCAAAAUAUAUCAAAAUCCAACUUCACUUUGCUUCACGAUGGAUUAUGAUUAGUGAAGUCAUAUUUGAAUCAGGUAAUUAG